CACCUUAGGUGCAAAGCAUCAACAUCAUAAAAACACCUUUUCUUUUCCCUAUUUUUUUAUUGUAAACACUUAAAUACACCAAAUGUUAGGAUUGAGCUUAAAAAUGCAGCAGCAGGAGGCACCGGAAACCGGGAAACCCAAAUGGAAAUUGGGUUCGGUAAUUUCGAAGAAGCAGGUUGGCUUUUUCCGUCAAAUUGACCGACCACAAAUAAAGACAAACAAACACACAACACGGUUCUUUUUCUUGUACCUACCAAACCAAAAAACCAAACCCGAGCCGGCUUUAACAUCUCUGAUUUUUUUUUUUAUCAUCAUCGUCAUCAUCAACGACCGGUGACGGAGUUUCCUCGCUUCAACCAAUAACGUCUUGCCACCUCACCCGUCCUCCUCCGACGCCGUUAACUUUUUAAUUUUUUUCCCGUCAAUAAAACAAACAAACCAAAAAAAAAAAACACUGAAAUUAUAAAAAGUCAGUCAGUCAGUCAAGUCAGUCAUUAUAUUCGCCGAUCGAUCACUCUAAAAAAAAAUCAAACACAUCACCCAAACAAACCCUAAUCUCUCUCUCUCUCUCUCUUUCUCUCUGAGAGAGCCUCUUUUUUUUUCUCAGAUCGCCUUAUUCUGCGCUCACCGGCGCACGUUAGUUACGAUCGUAAUUGUCCUUUCCUUCCUUUCUUUCCUCUACAUAUAUUCAUACGUGUCCUGCGCUCACCGGCGCACUUUAGCGCGGCCUCCUUAGACAGAGAUCUGGUGAACGUUAGUGAGGAGCGCAGAGGCGCACUUUAGCUGGACAGGACGGCGCACGUUAAGCAAGCGGAGGUGGAGGUGGAGGAGGAGGAACUGGAGGAAGAGAUGGAAGAGGACGAGGAGAUCCACUCGCCGCAGCGAUCGCCGGAUUCGGAAUCUCCGGCGUCGUCUACUCCGCCGCGACCGCCGACGAACGGUCGGAUAACGGUGACGGUAGCUUCGGCUCCGCCGCAAGCGCUGCCUCCGCAGCAAUCUCACCACCACCACCACCACCACAGCAACAACAACAACAACAACACGCUAACCCUAGCUCUUCCGAUUCAACAGCCUCGAUCCGCCGGUUCCGGAGCCGGAGGAUCCGGCGGAGGAGGAGGCGGGAGAGAGGAUUGCUGGAGCGAAGGCGCGACGGCGGUGCUGAUCGACGCGUGGGGAGAGCGGUACCUUCAACUGAGCAGAGGGAAUUUGAAGCAGAAGCACUGGAAAGAGGUCGCCGAUAUCGUGAGCAGCAGAGAAGACUAUCGGAAGACUCCGAAAACCGAUAUUCAGUGCAAGAAUCGGAUCGAUACGGUGAAGAAGAAGUACAAGCUCGAGAAGGCGAGGAUCGCCUCCGGCGGCGGACCGAGCAAGUGGCCUUUUUUCGAGAAAUUGGAUCAUUUGAUCGGUCCCACGGCCAAAAUUCCGCUCGCCACGCUCCCGAAAGUGCCGGUGGGAAUUCCGGUCGGUAAUCGGUCCUCGGCGGCCGCCGCCGCAGCCGCAGCGGCGAGUCAGUAUAGUAAUAGUCAGAUGUUUAAUAAACAAUUGAGUAACAGUAAUAGUAAUACUAAGCAGAAGAAGUUGGAAUUGGUGUUGAGAAAUAGUGGUGGUAGUGGGAGUGGGAGUGGUAGUGGUGGUGGUGUUGGGCAGAGGUUUCAAAUGUUUAAGAAGCGGGGCGGGGUGGAGACGGAUUCAGACUCUGAAUUGGAGGCGGAGGAGAGGGAUUCAAUGGAUAGUUUACCGCCCCCAGUGAUGACAAGGACGGAGAGAAAGCGGCCUAGGCUGAUGGUGAUGGGUGGGAGAGGAGGGGGGAAUGUGGAGAGGAAGGAAAGAGGAGGAGGAGGAGGAGGAGGAGGAGGGGGGUGGGGGAAUGCAGUGAGGGAAUUGACUCAGGCGAUAUUGAGGUUUGGGGAGGCGUAUGAGCAAGCUGAGAGCGCGAAGCUGCAGCAGGUGGUGGAGAUGGAGAAGCAGAGGAUGAAGUUUGCUAAGGAGUUGGAGUUGCAGAGGAUGCAGUUUUUUAUGAAGACCCAGUUGGAGAUUUCGCAGUUGAAGCAUAGUGGUGGUGGGAAGAGAGGUGGUGGUGGCGGUGGUGGUGUUGGGAAUGCUAGUAAUCAUCAUAGUAAUAACAAUAACAAUAAUAGUGAUGAUAGUAACUAGGGUUUUAGAUUUGGUGUUUUAGGAUUUUAUGUGUUUUUCUGAUGAGUGAAGAUAGACCCAUUGGUGAGAAGGAUCUGUAGUGGUAGUAUUUAUGUGUGUGUGCAAGUGUAAGUUUAUUGAGUCUUAGUUUCAUCAGAGUUGUAACUUUGUUAAUUUGGUGGAAUAGACUGAUUAGAUGCUUAAAUUACAGUAGAA